AUGGUCUUCUUCACACUGCCCUCGCAGAAAGAGCCUUCACCGCACCCCCUCCUCCCCCCUCGUAUACUGCGCCGGCGUCUGGAUAACGCGAUGCAGCAACUGAUGGCCAAAGUACGAGCUGACGACGAAGAAGACGAUGAUGUAGACAGUGGCGGCAUCGAUCAUCAUGAUGGCGAAGAUGUUGCGUUUAGGAGGUCAGAGUUCAGUGCCAGCGGGAACAGUCACGGCUGCGGAUUCCAAUCUCACUGUGAAGACUUGUUUGAAUGGAAGGAGUUCAAUUUGUUCACGGGGCGUAGAUAG